CCAAACCAAACAUAACCGUGGGAUUAGCAGAAAUACAGCAAAAGAAAGGGGGGCAAGGUGUAAAAACAAAAUUGAACUUUAAGAAGCCAGCCAGCCAACCCCAACGUACAUCUCAGCAGCACCAUUUUCACCGGUAAGGUGGUUGAAACCUCCGCCUUCUUUCGAUGCAUUCGAGAAACCAAAACAACCCAACACAGCCCCCAUAAAGCACACACACCCCUUCCUAUUUCUUCAUCCCCUCUCUCUCUCACAACCAAAUGGCUCACCUCCUCAACACCACUUUCAUCCCCACCCCUUCCCCCUCCCUCCGCCGUCAUGCCACCACCCUUAGUCCACUAACCCAGAUCAUCCCAACACAAAAAACCCAAGUCCAAUCCAAGAUCCGCGAGAUCUUCAUGCCAGCACUGAGCUCCACCAUGACAGAGGGCAAGAUCGUCUCGUGGGUCAAGUCAGAGGGCGAUAAGCUCGCCAAAGGCGAGUCCGUCGUCGUCGUCGAGUCCGAUAAGGCCGACAUGGACGUCGAGACUUUCUACGAUGGCUACUUGGCUGCCAUUAUUGUAGAAGAUGGCAAUUCCGCUCCUGUGGGCUCCGCUAUCGCCUUCUUAGCUGAAACCGAAGACGAAAUCGCCCAAGCCAAGUCCAAAGCCUCCACAAGUUCUUCUCCUUCCGACCCUUCUUCUUCUCCGACUUCACCUCCGGUGGAGGUUACCGCUGGUGAUUCUUCUUCGGUGGGACAGCAAGUGGUGGAGAAAACUGUGUCUAAGGUGAUGGUCUCUUCUUCACAUCCCGCGGCAGACGGUGGAAAAAGGAUUGUGGCGUCGCCGUACGCGAAGAAAUUGGCGAAGGAAUUGAAGGUGGAUUUGAGUGGAGUAUUGGGUAGUGGGCCAAUGGGGAGGAUUGUGGCUAAGGAUAUUGAAGCUGCCGCCGCCACUGCUAGUGCUGUUGUGGCGGAGGCACCCCAGCCUGGUGGAGGUUCGAUAUCGGUGGCUAAAACUCCGGCGGGUUCCGGUAUUGAAUUGGGGACAGCUGUGCCGUUCACAACAAUGCAGGGUGCUGUGAGUAGGAAUAUGGUGGAGAGUUUGGCUGUACCCACUUUUAGAGUCGGGUAUACUAUUACUACCGAUGCGCUGGAUGCUCUAUACAAGAAGAUUAAGUCGAAGGGAGUGACUAUGACGGCUUUGCUAGCAAAGGCAACGGCACUUGCAUUGGUUAAACACCCUGUUGUGAAUUCCAGUUGUAGAGAUGGUAAGAGCUUUAUGUAUAAUAGCAGUAUUAACAUUGCGGUUGCAGUGGCCAUAGACAGUGGGCUGAUUACACCAGUUCUUCGAGAUGCUGAUAAGGUUGAUAUCUACACAUUGUCAAGAAAGUGGAAGGAGCUAGUCGAUAAGGCACGAGCAAAGCAGCUGCAGCCUCAUGAAUAUACUACAGACCGGAAGAUCUCAGUUGUCUUGGACUGGAUGAUUAGAGAUCUUCGUGGGACCGUGGGGGGAUCUCAAUCGAUCUUUUCUGGGAUUCCUCAUCACGCCGAAUCUGGUUGCUGUUGGAUGAUCCAGUAA